CGUCCUGCUGUCCCAUGCCACCAUGCGCGUGCUUUCGCCGCGCGCCGCUCUUCUGUCGGUCUCCUACUCUCAACUCUUCCUCAUCCUCACCAGCGGCAGCUACCUGGCCCUAUCCUCAGUGGUGGCUCUGGGUGCCAAUAUUAUCUGCAACAAAAUCCCCGGACUGGCCCCCAGACAACGUGCCAUCUGUCAAAGCCGCCCGGACGCCAUCAUUGUUAUCGGUGAGGGUGCUCAGAUGGGCAUCAACGAGUGUCAGUACCAGUUCCGCUAUGGCCGAUGGAACUGCUCCGCCCUCGGUGAGAGGACCGUCUUCGGACAAGAGCUGCGAGUGGGCAGCAAGGAGGCAGCAUUUACCUACGCCAUCACCGCAGCUGGAGUGGCCCAUGCAGUCACAGCAGCCUGCAGUCAGGGUAACCUGAGCCACUGCGGCUGUGACAGGGAGAAACAGGGCUACCAGAACCAAGAGGAGGGCUGGAAAUGGGGUGGAUGUUCAGCCGACGUUAAGUAUGGAGUUGAGUUCUCCCGUCGCUUUGUGGAUGCUCGUGAGAUUAAAAAAAAUGCCCGCAGGCUCAUGAACCUGCACAACAAUGAGGCAGGCAGAAAGAUUCUGGAAGAGAGGAUGAAGCUGGAGUGCAAGUGCCAUGGCGUCUCAGGCUCCUGUACCACAAAGACAUGCUGGACGACAUUGCCUAAGUUCCGUGAGAUUGGCUAUGUGCUGAAAGAGCGGUAUGGUGCUGCUGUACAGGUGGAGGUAGUGCGAGCCACACGCCUGCGCCAGCCCGCCUUCCUGCGUCUUAAACAGUCACAUGACUUCAUUAAGCCUACUGACACGGACCUGGUGUAUCUGGAACGCUCCCCCAACUACUGUGAGGAGGAUGCGUUGACAGGCAGUACAGGGACCAGGGGCCGCCUCUGCAACCACACCUCACCCCACCCAGAUGGCUGCAACCUCAUGUGCUGCGGUCGCGGUCACGACACACGACAGUAUACACGUGUGUGGCAGUGUAACUGCAAGUUCCAGUGGUGCUGCUUUGUCAAGUGCAACACCUGUAGUGAAAAAACAGAGGUGUUCACUUGCAAAUGA